UCCGCCCGCGCAGGUGUUGCUUUCUGUUUCUCGCAUACCACCGCCGAGCACGGAUUGCCGGACUUUGCGAUAACGGCGGAGAAGAUCGCGAGCACGACUGGGCCGCUUUGUAUAUAAAUCCGUGCCGCUCCGCGUCUGACAGGUCUCGGCGUUCAACGCUUUCUCGCAUCACACCGCCAGCCAUGUCGUUCAAGUCCAAGGCGGCCUCGCUAUGCCAGCGGUUCGUCCGUCCGGGCCUGACGCUGAAAAACGCUCACCGGAGAGGCUUCUACUCGUACUGCAACGAACCUUUUCAGCCACUGAAGCGCGAUCCGAAGUGGGUGAAGGCCGAGGAAGCAGUCUCCGCGAUCAAGUCUGGCGAUACGGUGUUCAUCCAUGGAGCGGCGGCCACUCCCCGAGGCCUCAUACCCGCCAUGGUGGAACACGGAAAGAAGUCCGGUCUCAAGAACGUCACCGUCUGCCACAUUCACACUGAGGGUGCUGCGGAAUACAACCAGCCAGACUGCCAGGGCAUCUUCCGGAGCAUGUCGUUCUUCGUCGGGGCCAACUGCCGGGAGGCCAUCAAUGCUGGCCGGGCUGACUUCGUGCCCAUCUUUCUUAGCGAAAUUCCCCAAGUGUUCCACCGUGGCGUGCUUCCAGUCGAUGUCGCCAUGGUGCAAGUGACGCCGCCAGACAUCCACGGCUACUGCAGCUUGGGCACCAGUGUCGACUGUGCACGGGCAGCGCUCACCCAUGCCAAGUACAUAAUUGGGCAGGUGAACGAGCACAUGCCGCGCACCUGGGGUGACGGAAACAUCCACAUCUCGCAUUUCGACGCCCUCGUGAAGCACGACGCCAAGCUGCCCGAACACAAGCCAGCCAAUUUGACCGAUGUGGAGAAGCAGAUCGGCAAGAACAUUGCCGACAACCUGGUCGAAAACGGCGCUACGCUGCAGCUCGGUAUCGGGUCAAUUCCGGACGCUGUGUUGAGCUGCCUAAAGGGCCACAAGGACUUGGGAAUCCACUCGGAGAUGUUCAGUGACGGUGUGGUCGACCUGGUGGAAGAGGGCUGCAUCACCAACAACAAGAAGGUCAUUGAGAAGGGCAAGAUCGUGGGCAGCUUCUGCAUUGGAACCCAGAAGCUGUUCGACUUCAUGAACUGCAAUGCUGGGCUUGUGAUGCUGGACGUUUCCUACGUCAACAACCCUCAAAUCAUCUGCCAGAACCCCAAGGUCACUGCCAUCAACUCCUGCAUCGAAGUUGACAUCACUGGCCAGGUCGUGUCGGAUUCUAUUGGCACAAGAAUUUACUCAGGUUUCGGUGGGCAGCUGGACUUCCUGCGAGGAGCGGCCAUCUGCCAAGAUGGAAAGGGCAAGCCCAUUCUGGCCAUGCCUUCCGUGUCCGCCAAGGGAGUCAGCAAGAUCUGCACCUACAUCAAGCAGGGUGCGGGUGUCGUCACAACUCGCGGACACGUUCACUACAUCGUUACGGAACAUGGGAUUGCCUCGCUCUUCGGAAAGAGCAUCCGCCAGCGGGCUCAUGCCCUCAUCAACAUAGCGCACCCCGACCACAGGGAAACGCUGGAGAAGGAAGCCUUUGAAAGGCUCAAGUGCAUGCCAUCUCCGUAGAGCUUUUGUUCACCCUGUUUGGUAGAGGCACCCGUACUUCAUUUUUUUACAGCAUCGUUCCGUGUUUUGAGAUUUUUCGGUUCGCAUUCGGCCGCAGGCAGCAUUCGUAGGAUAUGUCUAAGAAGGGGGAAUCUGUGUAUAGGUUUUCUUCUUUUUUUAGUGCAUAGCAUGUUUAACUUGACAACAUUCUCUGCACGGUUAGAAAAAGCCCAUUCAGUGGGGGCUGUGGCUCACGAAUAGUUUUUUUUAACGCGUUUAUCAUUACAGGCAUUGCACUGCACCAAAUGAGCAUUGUUAAGGGCAGUUGGCUUCGUCAAACGAUCAGGCUGCUUGCAACACUGCCAUUUCCAGUCAAGAGAGAGAAAGCUGGAUGGAGCUGUUUCACAGUUUGGCUAGAAGAUCCCGACGACAAUGUGCUCUCAUAGGCCACCGAACCACUCGACGGAACUAUCCGUUUGAGACGGCCGCAGAAAUGUAUUGUUCUUUUGCGCGUUUGUCAUUGCUAGCGAGUCAUACGAGUUUGCCGUAUUGUUAGCGACACUGCAUUUCACCAGUCUUCCAAGCUGCAUGAACCGUCUCCAUCAAGCUAAUUGACCAGAGGCUCGUGAUACUUGAUGAAGUAUCGAAGCGCAGCAUGCUCUUUCCUCUCCUCCCCCAGACUUGCUUAUGUAUAGUUCAUGCCUCCUUUCUCAAGUCCUACAGUCAUCACACGCCUGGUGCAGCUCUAGCACCACAAGCAACGUAAACAUUGUGUCGCAUUAGGUGCAAGACCGCACCGUUUCAAUCUCGGAAGAAAGCGCUUCAAGCGCAACGCUUUCUCCUUUUAUUCGGAGGACAAGUUUUUUGCUUCCUUCUCAGACCUGUGUAUACGACGAGUCGGGAAAAAGUGAAAAAGUAUAUUCUGUUAAUGAAUGAAAUAAAACGGCAAUAUUUUCCACCAGA